GCAGUUUUCCCCAGAAACCCCAAACUUCCUAGGCUCAGUUUGCCUUAGCAGUGUGGGUCGGCUUUGCGGGGCGGGGGGGGGUCCUCUGGGCGGGUCCUACGGAGCCACCCGGGCCAUCCCUUUUUCCUCUCUCCCUGGCCUGCCAAGACGUGUCCUUAGCUUUCAGUCGCCUGCUUCUCAAAGCCAGGACUGUGGUACUGCCCCCCGACUUGCUGACUGCCCCACAUGUCACUCCUUAACACUCAGGGGAGGGGCACAGUUGACCGUAAGUCUUUGGCCAGCGUCCGUUCCCCACCAUCGUGAUGCACAGGCGCCCCCAAAACGCCCUGGGGAUUAUGUGCAUCACAUGUGAUUGUAUCUUUAGUAGAAGAUUAUCCAAACUAUAUGAUCAUAAAUCUAGACAAGCUGGAUUACUGUGCAAGCUUGAAGAAUCUUGAAACCAUUUCUAACAAGCAAAACUACAAAUUUAUACAGGGUGACAUAUGUGAUGCUCAUUUUGUGAGACAGCUUUUUGAAAAAGAGAAAAUCAAUAUAGUGCUACAUUUUGCUGCACAAACCCAUGUAGAUCUUUCAUUUGUGCGUGCCUUUGAGUUCACAUAUGUUAAUGUUUACGGUACUCACGUGUUGGUAAGUGCCGCUCAUGAAGCCAGCGUGGAAAAAUUUAUUUAUGUCAGCACAGACGAAGUAUAUGGAGGAAGUCUCGGUAAGGCUUACAGACGUGCUGAAUGCACCCUCACAGAUGAAAGGAGGCACAACAGGCUGCAGCAUUCCUGCUUGCCUUGCCCUUCCAGCCAGCAAAUCAUGUUCUGCUCCUUCGAAUGCCAGGAAGAAUUUGAUGAAUCAUCCCCCAAACAACCUACAAAUCCUUAUGCGUCAUCUAAAGCAGCUGCGGAAUGUUUUGUACAGUCCUACUGGGAACGGUACAAGUUUCCAGUUGUCAUCACAAGAAGCAGCAAUGUUUAUGGGCCACAUCAGUAUCCAGAAAAGGUUAUUCCAAAAUUUAUAUCUUUACUACAACACAACAGGAAAUGCUGCAUUCAUGGAUCAGGGCUUCAAACAAGAAAUUUCCUUUAUGCCGCUGAUGUCGUAGAAGCAUUUCUCACUGUCCUCAAAAAAGGAAAACCAGGUGAAAUUUAUAACAUCGGAACCAAUUUUGAAAUGUCAAUUGUCCAGCUUGCCAAAGAACUAAUACAACUGAUAAAAGAGACCACUUCAGAGUCCGAAAUGGAAGACUGGGUUGAUUAUGUCAACGAUAGACCUACCAAUGACUUGAGGUACCCAAUGAAGUCAGAAAAAAUUCAUGGUUUAGGAUGGAAACCUAAAGUGCCUUGGAAUGAAGGAAUAAAGAAAACAAUUGAGUGGUACAGAGAGAAUUUUCACAACUGGAAGAAUGCAGAAAAGGCAUUAGAACCCUUUGCAGUACAACCACCAUGUAUAUAAUCAGCAGUUUUUAGAGAAAGAAGACAAUUUUCCUACCUCAACAGGCAACAUGCAAUCAAGUGACCAAAGGACGUGCCUUCUUUGCAUUUGGAAUCAGAUCAUAACUUUUUUGUAUUAAGUUUACUUGCGCAGUGCCUCAACUUUGGGAACUUUCAUAAGGGAAUUUCCAUAUUGCCAAGUUUUCCCGUUGGCACGAGCUUCUCUGGCAAUGAGAGAGCAGAAGCAUAGGAAGGCUUUCUCAGGGCAUAGGAAGGCUUUCUCUAGAGGCAUAGGAAGGCUUUUUCUAGAGGCAUAGGAAGACUUUCGCUGGAGGUGAAGGAAGGCUUUCUCAGCGUGUAGGAAGGCUUUCUCUAGAGGCAUGGGAAGACUUUCUUGAGGCAUAGGAAGGCUUUCUCAAGGCAUACUCAGGGCAUAGGAAGGCUUUCUCUGGAGGUAUAGGAAGACUUUCUCAAGGCGUAGGAAGGCUUUCUCUAGAGGCGAGCCAGGGAGGGAUCUCCUGGUUCUGCCAAGGCAGGUAGGGGCUCUGGCUUGAUGACAGCCUUGUGCAGUGCUCAACUCUGUCAGCUUCCCACCUUUCUGAGUACCUAGCACAUGUGAAGUUUUCACUUUUAAGCAGCAUGUGAUGAGUGUCAUGGCCUAAUCCAUCCUUCGUUAGUCAGAUGUGCUGUAGUUGCUUCAAAUGGAAUAAAAUGAAGCGUAUCUAGUACUUUUUAAUAUUUUGUAAAAUUUAAGUUAAAUGCUUUUUAAAA